UGAGUCAUCGUGGUGAUAACAACAAUUUGAUCUUCAAUUGCUUAUUUCUGAAAGAAAGAGAAACGAAAACUCUAUUUGUUAUUCUUCAGGCUUUGGAUUUCUUUAUUUUCUUUUGGCAGAAUCGUCUGGAAAAUGGCAGAACAACUCACUGAAGAGCAGAUCUCUGAGUUUAAGGAAGCCUUCAGCCUCUUUGACAAAGAUGGCGAUGGUUGUAUCACCACCAAAGAGUUGGGCACAGUGAUGAGAUCUCUGGGACAAAAUCCUACUGAAGCUGAACUUCAGGACAUGAUAAAUGAAGUUGAUGCUGACCAAAAUGGAACCAUUGAUUUCCCUGAGUUCUUGAAUUUGAUGGCACGAAAAAUGAAGGACACUGACUCUGAGGAGGAGCUCAAGGAGGCAUUCAAGGUCUUUGACAAGGAUCAGAAUGGUUUCAUCUCAGCUGCAGAGCUAAGGCAUGUCAUGACAAAUCUUGGAGAAAAGUUAACGGAUGAUGAAGUGGACGAGAUGAUCCGAGAAGCUGAUGUGGAUGGGGACGGUCAAGUCAAUUAUGAGGAAUUUGUCAGGAUGAUGCUUGCUAAGUGAAAGUAUAAAUGUGUUGGAAUGAAAGAAUUCUAGGGGUUGAACAAAAACAGACAAGGAAAACGAGGGUCGUGUAGUAGUGUGGUCGCAAUGCCUGUAGUCUUAGUAUAUUUAUCUUGUUCAAACUAUGAACCCCCUUCUCCUUCCUUUCUGUAUUUUAUGUGUUUAGCAUAUAUUAUGCAUUUACAGUACACCAAGUUUUGCUUUGUUAAAUGUUUGAAAUUAAAGAGAUACGCUCUCUAAGAUUGUCAAUGCUGCAGCCAUUUUUAAUUUAUAUCUGCUUGAAGCUUAGCAUUUUUGCUAACUCUGCAGUGUUCAACCA